UCUUUAUUCGUUCAUUAGUCUCACCUUCAUUCGCAAUCUAAACCCUAACUAGAGAGAAAAUUACAAAUUAAAAAGAUCAAAACCCUAAACUCUUAUAUUCGUCUAUUCACGAGCGUCGAAUCCUUAACUUUCUGUAACAAAUUACAAAAUUUUUAUCAAUGACUUCCUCGAAGAAAUACUACAAGGAAAAAAUCGCUCGUCGCAAAGAGGAGAAAGCGGAAGAACCAGAGCAACCAAAGUACAGAGACAGAGCUAAGGAGCGAAGAGAGGAUCAAAAUCCAGAUUAUGAGCCAACUGAAUUAGGUUCUUUUCAUGCUGUUGCUCCUCCUGGAACCGUCGAUCUUCGGUCAGCUGAUGCUCACAAGAUAUCCAUUGAGAAGAGCAAGUACCUUGGAGGUGAUGUGGAACACACUCAUUUGGUCAAGGGGUUGGAUUAUGCUUUGCUUAACAAAGUUAGGAGUGAGAUUGAUAAGAAGCCUGAAGCCGGGGAAGAAACCGAUGGAAAGUCGAGAAAAUCAAAAGAAGACCAGCAAUUAUCAUUUCGAACAGCCACUGCAAAGUCAGUAUAUCAGUGGAUAGUUAAACCUCAAACUGUUAUGAAGACAAAUGAAAUGUUUCUACCUGGUCGAAUGGCGUUUAUUUUUAAUAUGGAGGGUGGCUAUUCUAAUGACAUUCCAACCACCUUGCACAGGAGUAAAGCUGACUGUCCAGUGCCUGAUGAAAUGGUUACUGUCAAUGUUGAUGGUUCUGUGCUUGAUCGAAUUGCUAAAAUUCUGUCAUAUCUUCGCCUCGGGUCAUCUGGGAAGGUUCUCAAGAAGAAAAAGAAGGAAAGGGAUGCCAAAGGGAAGAUUUCAUCUCUUGGUAAUGAAUACUAUGAAGAGGAAAAGUUAUCAAAGCCUAAUGAUGGAGUGUCUAACGGUAGAACUGAGAAGGAAAUUUUGCCCCCGACGCCUCCCCCUCCAAGGAAAAACCAUCUUGAUUCGAGGGAGAAGCAAGGCCCGACUAUUGCUAGAGCAGAAGAGGAUGAUAUAUUUGUGGGGGAAGGCGUUGACUAUAAUAGUCCUGAGAAAGAUGCAGUACCAAGCCCUCUUUCAGAGGAUAUGGAAGAGUCACCUCGACAUAAAGAAAGAGUUUCAUACUUUCCUGAACCUGCUUACGGCCCAGUGUCGCCUUCUGCUGCUCAGGAAUGGCAAGAACUGAAUGGUUACGAUGCCCUCCAAACACAGGCCUUGGCUGGUGGGUACCAAGGAGAGUGGCAGGAUUACCAAUAUGCUGACCAAUUGGCUUAUCCUGAGCAAUACCUACAGGCUAGCAUGCAAGGUUAUGAGGUACAAGCUGGAUCAAACAUUCCACAAGAUCCUCGAUAUAUGACUCAAGAAGAGAAGGACCGAGGAUUGGGAUCUGUGUUCAAGCGGGAUGACCAAAGGCUUCAACAAUUGAGGGAGAAGGAUGCUCGUGAGAAGGAUCCUAAUUUCAUAUCUGAGAGUUACUCUGAAUGUUAUCCUGGUUAUCAGGAGUACAACCGUGAGAUUGUUGACAGUGAUGAUGAAGAUGACUUGUCCAAAAUGGAUAUGGGAGGACGAGCUAAGGGUCGUCUUCAUAGAUGGGACUUUGAAACAGAAGAGGAAUGGGCAACGUACAAUGAGCAGAAGGAAGCAAUGCCAAAGGCUGCAUUCCAGUUUGGUGUGAAGAUGCAAGAUGGAAGGAAGACAAGGAAGCAAAACAAGGACCAGAAGCUCAACAACGAGCUACACAAGAUUAACAAAAUACUGGCAAGAAAGAAGAUGGAGAAAGAAUCAGGUGGUGGUGAAGGUGGAAGUCAUAGCGAUGAUGUACAGCCUGGAAAGAAACUUAGGAUAUCAGGUUAAAAAGUUCCAGUUCCUUUACCAGAAAGGUAAAGAAAAGCUACUAUUUCUUGGAGCUGAUGUGUUAAUUUGUAUGAAGGUAGGUCAUUGGCAAAGAGUGCAAAAUUCAUGGAAAAAUCUUUUUUUAGAGCAAUGAAAUGCCAACUAAAGUCGUUAUUAUA